UUUAAAUUUAACUUGUGUGGAAUCCCCAGAUCAUCCUAUUCAAGCGACUUGAGUGUACUUCUUAUUUGUAGCUCUUCCUAAAUUAGCUGAGUUUGAGUGAAAAUGGCUUCCAAAUCAGGAAAGUCAUUGAUUUUCUGUCUAAUUCUGCUAAAUUUCUGCAUGUAUGUGAUCGUGGCCGCCAUUGCUGGUUGGGCACUGAAUAAGGCCAUCGAUCAUGAUUAUGUUGUUACUGGUGCAGGAGGUUCUAUACCAGUUGGGUUCUCCUUUGAGGCAUUGAAUUUUCCAAUAGGAAAUGAAGCCACUGGUUUUCUGGUGAUUUUUGCUCUGUCGGCUGGUGUUGUGGGAGUAGCCUCUUGCCUUUCAGGACUCCAUCAUUUGAAGGUCUGGACAGAAGGAAGCUUAGCUUCUGCUACUUCAACAGCCUUGACAGCUUGGGCUAUUACUCUUCUUGCCAUGGGGUUGUCAUGUAAGGAGAUUCAUUUACAUGGGAGAAGCAAAAGAUUGAUAGCAUUGGAGUCUUUUACUAUCAUUUUGUCUGGAACAAAAUUAUUAUAUAUUAUAUUUCUUCAUGCUGGAUUUUUAGAUGGAAAAGAGUAAUUCUAUCAAAAUAUUUGUAAUGCUACAACUACAAUUGAAUCAGAAAGGAACUUCAACUAUAUCUUUUGGAGUAUAAUUACGUAUCCACUUGUGCCCCCAUCCCCCAUUCUUCAU